UAUUUUCUUUUCAGAAAAAAAACCCAGCAACAGAUAAAUUUAGGCAAGAUGUCUUCUCCGGGCCUGUUUGACGCUUUGCGGUCCAAUGGCGCCCCGACCUAUUACGAUUCCGACAAGACGCCUUUUAUGGCGGAUAUUUUGGAGUCUGGACUUAUUUAUGCCUUUGUGAUAUUAGCUUUUUCAUUCUUCAUUAUCCUACCUGGUAUUCGUGGUAAAGAGAGAAUUUUCGUGUUCAUACGUGUGACAGUGACAUUAUUUAUUGGUGGAGUGAUAAUGUUGACAAACUUUGGGUACGAGUGGGAAGUUGCCGAGGCCAAAAACGUAAGAACCAAGUAUAAAGCAGGAUCAGCAGGGGAGAUAACCGCAGAUAUUGCUGUAUACAUGGGCCUCCGAGGGAUCAAUGUAACACUCAAAGCUGAAGGAGAAAAUCGAGGUCCUUUUAAUGAGACCAUUAAUUACAACGAACACUUUGACUGGAGAUGGGAACAGGGAAGAAUUGGUUUUGGGAUAUUUGCUGGACGUUUUCAACAAGAGUUUCGCUCUGCUCAGUUUCGGGGUACCCCCCUUCCCGUUAUCUGGAUUGCUGAGUACUUUAUAUUUGAUGGGGAGGGGAUCAGAUGGGGGCGUCAUUACAGACAAGCAGGAUGGUACGCCCAUAUCAUGAUGUGGUUGGCACUUCCGCUCUGGAUUUUGACAAUAGUACUCUUCUUCAUUCUUUUGAAAUAUGGCGCCUAUUUCCUAAUGUUGACCGGCGGUGUCAUGGUGAUUGCCAAUAUUCUCUGGGCCACCAUAAGAAAUGUCAACGAACUCUUAAUUCCUUUCAGUGCCGAACACAAGCUGGAAUUCCAUUUUGGACCAUCUUUUUAUUUAAAUUUGAUUACAGGUUUAUUAUGCAUUGUGUUGGGUGUUGUGAUCUGGAUCCUUGAUCUCCGGUUCCCGGAACUAGUCACGAAUUUCUUUGGAGUUGACCCUCUGCAGGAUGACAAUUUUAUACAAGGUGAAAGUUUUGAUACCAUUGAGAAAAAGAACGGCAUGGAAAUGUCCCCUGUGGACAAUGGAAAACCAAAUGGCAGUCCUCACGUCAACCAUCGUCCACCACGAACCUCAGAAGCCGCGGCGGCUGAAGAUGAUGAUGACGAUGAUGACGAAAUUUACGAACCCCCAGUAUUCGAACCUCCCCCAGCACCAAAAGCAGCAAAGUUUGAGAAGCGCAGAUCACGUGGUUUGACGCAACGUCUGCAGAGACCCCGACGUCGCCCGCCGCCUCCCGUCCCAGACGACAACGAUCCGGAGGACCUAUACAGCAAUACCAGGCAAUUCAGCGGCGUUUUUGACAACAAUAUCCACUCUUCCGCUACAAAUCCAGAUCAAGUACAUAUCAACAUGGGAUACCGCCAUUAAAGAUUUUGAACUCCAUGAGAAUUUACAGAAGGGCUUCCCGUGUAACGAACUCGUUUCAUAUGACACAUGUUCAUGAUCACGUUUUAUAUAUUUUAUAUAUUUGUUUUAUAUAUGACUGUAAAUGUAUAUUUCAUUCAUUUUGAUUGUAAAUGAUAGUCCGUGUAUCACUUUCUUAUAUUAUAUUUUCUAAUUAUUUGUAUAAAGUGUUUUUUAAAAUUGAAAAUAUAAAAAUUACGAUAUGCAAUCUGUUGCUUUAAACACACUUAAGAUGCUGUUGAAAUUCAUGGAAAAUAGUAAUUGUUUUGUUCGAAUGUGCGUCCAACAUGAAGCGUUAAAUUCCUGAUUAAAUUGUCCAAAAAUUCGAUAAACUUUAAAGAGUGAGAUCAAUAUAAGAAUUCUAAAAUGCUGGAAAAGUUUUUACUGUAUUUUAUUUUAUAUAUUUACUGUAAAAAAUAUUUUAUAUAUAUUAUAGAUUGUAAGAUUUCUCUUGCCGAUUCUUUAAAAUAAACCUUAUCUUUUAAAA